AUGGGAUACGGCAACUUCGAACGUCACAAGUUCAAAUAUCUCAUCUGGACGUCUGAGGUGGGUAUUAGAGUUCUCAACAUGAUCAAUUCAAAAGAAUGACAUUUUUCAAAAAAACGAAAAAAAUUUUUCUUUUUGACAUUUCAAACGAAUGUCGUUUUUUUGAAAAAAAUCAACCAAAAUUGAUUACUUUUCAUUCUUUUCAUUUUGUUUUUUGAAAUUUUCGAAAUGAAUUUUAAAAUGUUUCAUUUUAAAUAAUCCCUUCUUAAAUGUGAAAUUUAAAUGUUCAUUUUUUUGGCCGAUACUUUUUCAAACGCGGACACUUUUUUUCACAUUCUUACCUGGAUUUUUCCGAACCGUCAAUACAUUUCUUUUUUUCAUCAUUGACAUUAAUUCUCCAGAUAUAGUCUGUUCAGAUUUUUGAAUGUCAACCAGCAAACUCCGCCUCUGCUGAGACGGUACCUUUUUCGCGUCGAUGUUUUUAUCGCGCGGGACUAAUUUUAAUCUUUUUGAUCUAAAAAGAUAGAAAAAAAGUAGUCAAAAAAAUGCAGCUUUAUUAAAGGGCCAUCGUCAUAUGUAGAUAAAACAUUGACGCGAAAGAUAUUGUAGCCUUGGGGGUGGAGUCAGCUGCUUGACAUUCAAAAUCUGAACAGACUAGCACCUUUCUUCCGGUCUGCUCAUUUUUGAAAGGUUUUUUUCAUCAAUUGUCCAAACCCAGUUGAGCCUUAGGAAAUCACUGGAAACUUGUAAAAAAUAGGCAAACUUGGGCGAAUUGUAAGGCUCAAGUGGGCUUGGACACUUCUGGCAAUUUAAACCCUUAAGGUAGCACUCAGACCUUUGAAAAAAACCCACUUGAGCCUUAGGAAACUUGUGAAUUCUCUUGUAACUUGUAAAUUAGGAAGGUUCAAGUGGGUUUGGACACUUUCCAGCCGGUCUUUAAUAAUAAAAUUCACAAUCAAAUAUAGUCUUUUUUUAUUUUUUUGAAAAAAAUUAUUCCCUUAAGGGAGCACUCAUACCUUUGAAAUUGUCCAAACCCAGUUGAGCCUUAGGAAAUCACUCGAAACUAGUGAAAAAUAGGCAAACUUGGGCGAUUUGUAAGGCUCAAGUGGGUUUGGACACUUCUGGCAAUUUAAACCCUUAAGGGAGCACUCAGACCUUUGAAAUUGUCCAAACCCAGUUGAGCCUUAGGAAAUCACUCGAAACUAGUAAAAAAUAGGCAAACUUGGGCGAUUUGUAAGGCUCAAGUGGGCUUGGACACUUCUGGCAAUUUAAACCCUUAAGGGAGCACUCAGACUUUUGAAAUUGUCCAAACCCAGUUGAGCCUUAGGAAAUCACUGGAAACUUGUGAAAAAUAGGCAAACUUGGGCGAUUUGUAAGGCUCAAGUGGGCUUGGACACUUCUGGCAAUUUAAACCCUUAAGGGAGCACUCAGACCUUUGAAAUUGUCCAAACCCAGUUGAGCCUUAGGAAAUCACUCGAAACUAGUAAAAAAUAGGCAAACUUGGGCGAUUUGUAAGGCUCAAGUGGGCUUGGACACUUCUGGCAAUUUAAACCCUUAAGGGAGCACUCAGACCUUUGAAAUUGUCCAAACCCAGUUGAGCCUUAGGAAACAAUUUUUUUUUCAGAAGUUCCUAACCUACGAUGAACAACUUGCGGCUUUCUUCCGCUUUGGUGUAAACCUGGGAAAUACGGUAAACACCGCGGAUUUUUUCACCGUCACCUACACUCCCACGUAUAGUAACAUUUAUGUUUAAAAAAUAAAAAAUUUUUGCAGGGUGAAGUUCUAUCCUUUUGGGUCGGCUCGUUCACCUACCAAUCCAAAUACGAGCCAGCUAGGACUCGACGGACUUCUGGUCCACGAAAUUUUUGUAGAAUUUCGUAGAAAAUCGCGAAUGCCUUUACAAGCAGCACGGAUCACAGUAAGUCACAAAUAAAACAAAAUUAUGAAUUAAUAUCACGUCAAGUUAUUUCAAAUAAUUUAAGAAAAGAGAAGGAUUAGUUUUCAGAGUUCUUUCAUCAUAUUAUUUGCCUUUACUUGAGCGAGUUGUGGUUUUUAAUGCUAUGAGUUCAAAAAAACAAAUAUUUAAAAAAACAUGAAACAUAGGAGUUCCCGAAAUUCGAGUUUUUCUUUUAAAAAAACUUUCAGCCAUGAAAUCGUCAUCACCGGUGGUCCGACGGAAGACAUCACGCAACUUUUGGCAGCCAGCAAAUGCGUUGUCUGCACGAACGGGUUUGUUUCAUAUCAUGUUCAUAUCGUUAUCAAUGUUUCAGGAUCCUGAAAGCAUCCUUGGAGAACGUCGUCAAGGAGAUCCUCGCGAGGAUCGCCGCUUACUCGAUGGUCAGAAGCUACCGUUCGUUCCCGACGGUUCCAAUCGGGAGAAUAAUCGUGAGUUUUUAUUUAAUUACGAAAUUAACCGAAAACACAUUUUAGAUCGACCCAGUGACCGAAUCGGCGGAGUUCCUGCCGUAUCAGGUAGCUUUUGUCGGGAUUUAUAUUUUACUACCUUUGAAAGUGUCCAAACCCAGUUGAGCCUUAGGAAACCACUUGAAACUAGUGAAAAAUAGGCAAACUUAGGCAAUUCCUAAGGCUCAAGUGGGCUUGGACACUUCUGGCAAUUUGAACCCUUAAGCGAGCACUUAGACGGGAACUUUUAGACCUGUGAAAGUGUUGAAAUUGUUUGAAAUUUCAAUUUUUUAGCCACCGAAGGAGCAUCCGAAGAAGAAAACGAAGACCGCUGGGGUGGACGCCGACGAAUCUGAGGACUCCACAUCCGAAUCCAAAUCCGACGACGCCAAUGGCGGCGAAAUAUACCAUCGCAAGGUAAAAAGCGUGGGGUUUUUUAAACUUCCAUAACGGGAACUUUUAGACCUGUGAAAGUGAUGAAAUUGUUUGAAAUUUCAAUUUUUUAGGAGCCUCCGAGCAAAAAGCCCACCGAAGGAACGAAGGAGCCUCCAAAGAAGAAGACCACCCGACCCGACGACUCCGACUCCAGACUCCCUUUGA